GUCAUUUUGACGCGACAUCAGAUGCUGUGUAUGGCGCUAUCCACACAACGCGUGUGCUGUGUUUAGAGUGACUGCACGACUGUUUUCAUCUGCAUUGACAUAUUUGCGUAAGGCUCUUCUAAUGGAUAUCCAGAGCGCCAGCUCGGUGGUGCUGCAGGCUUUGACCCAGGCCACUAGUCAGGACACAGCUGUGCUGAAGCCAGCCGAGGAACAGCUUCGCCAGUGGGAGACCCAGCCUGGUUUCUACUCCGUGCUUCUGAGCAUCUUCAAUAAUCACUUGUUGGACGUCAACGUGAGAUGGCUAGCUGUCCUGUAUUUCAAGAACGGUAUCGAUCGCUACUGGCGACGAGUCGCACCUCACGCCCUGUCAGAGGAAGAGAAGUCAUCUCUCCGCGCAGGUCUCAUCACCAAUUUUAAUGAACCAGUCAACCAGAUCGCCACACAGAUAGCGGUGCUGAUCGCUAAAGUGGCACGUCUGGACUGUCCACGGCAGUGGCCCGAGCUGAUCCCUAUUUUGCUGGAGUCUGUGAAGGUUCAGGACAGCCUCCAGCAGCACAGAGCACUUCUUACCUUCUACCACGUCACCAAAACUUUGGCCUCAAAACGGCUCGCUGCGGACAGGAGACUCUUUCAGGAUUUGGCGUCAAGCAUCUAUAGCUUUGCGUGUUCUCUGUGGAAUCAUCAUACGGACACAUUCCUACAGCAGAUCUAUGCUGGAGACCAACAGACUGCUCUCAGCUCCCUGGAGCGUACUCUGCUCUCUCUGAAAGUUCUUCGAAAGUUGACUGUGCAUGGAUUUACUGAGCCAAAUAACAACAUGGAAGUCAUGGGCUUCCUCAAUGCUGUGUUUGAGAGACUAAAACAGUUUUUGGAAUGCUGUCGGCAAGUUGGACCGGGCAGCCCCUGCAGGGAGAAGCUUGAGAAGACCAUCAUACUGUACACCAAAGUUCUGCUGGAUUUCCUGGAAUAUCACCCGUGGCCUUUCAUACCUCUCAUUCAGCGCUCGCUGGAGUUCGCCGUCAGCUACGUGUUCACCGAGGCCGGGGAGGGAGUCGUUUUCGAGCGCUUUAUCGUGCAGUGCAUGAACCUCAUCAAGAUGAUCGUCAAAAACGAUGCCUACAAACCUGCCAAGAACAUCGAGGAUAGCAAGCCGGAGAGCCUGGAGGCUUAUAAAAUUAAGACGGCGUUCUUCACGCACCAGACGCUGACGGAGAUCGGCAGGAGACUGGUUUCAAAGUACUUUUUGCUGACGGAGGAAGAGCUGACCAUGUGGGAAGAAGACCCUGAGAGUUUUGCCGUUGAAGAGACGGGAGGUGACUCGUGGAAGUACAGUUUGCGGCCAUGCACGGAAGUGUUGUUCCUGGACGUUUUCCACAACUACAGCCAAACUUUGACCCCAGUGCUACUGGAAAUGGUGCAGAAUCUCCAAGGUCCCAGUAAUGUGGAGGAACCGGUACAGAUGCUCAUGAAGGAUGCAGUAUACAACGCUGUGGGGCUUGCGGCGUAUGAAUUGUUUGACAAUGUGGACUUUGAUCAGUGGUUCAAGAACCAACUCCUUGGAGAGCUUCAAGUCAGCCACAACAGGUACAAGUUGAUCAGAAGGCGGGUCAUCUGGCUGAUUGGUCAGUGGAUCUCGGUGAAGUUCAAACCAGACCUGCGGCCCCUCCUCUAUGAGGUCAUUCUCAGUCUCAUGCAGGACCCCGACCUUGUGGUUCGCAUCGAAACAGCCACAACACUAAAGCUGGCCGUUGAUGACUUCGAAUUCAGAACUGAACAGUUCUUACCGUACUUGGAGUCUAUAUUCAGCCUGUUGUUCCAGCUGCUACAGCAGGUCAACGAAUGCGACACUAAAAUGCAAGUGCUGCACGUUAUCUCCUGCGUCAUUGAGAGAGUCAGCAUUCAGAUCCGACCGUAUGUGGGCUGCUUGGUUCAGUACCUUCCUCUUCUUUGGAAGCAGUCAGAAGAACACAACAUGCUCCGCUGUGCCAUCCUCACCACCCUCAUCCACCUCGUACAGGGCCUGGGAGCGGAAAGCAAGAAUCUGUAUCCCUUCCUUCUACCUGUUAUCCAGCUGAGCACAGAUGUUUCACAGCCCCCUCAUGUUUACCUGCUGGAAGAUGGGCUUGAACUCUGGUUGGUGACAUUGGAGAACAGCUCUGCCAUUACUCCAGAGCUUCUCAGAAUCUUCCAGAACAUGUCUGCCCUACUUGAACUGAGCUCGGAGAAUGUGAGAACCUGCUUUCAGAUCAUCAAUGCCUACAUUUAUCUCUCGGCAACAGAUUUCUUACAGAACUAUGCCGAAGCCCUCUGCAGAUCUUUCUGUGAACUGCUAAAAGACAUCUCCACAGAGGGACAAGUCCAGGUUUUGAAGGUUGUUGAAAGUGCCAUUAAAGUAAGUCCUAUACUGGGCUCCCAUAUGUUUCAGCCUCUUCUGCCGUCUGUGAUACGAGGAAUUGUUGAAGGCGAAAGGUACCCGGUGGUCAUGUCUACACACCUGGGGGUGACGGGUCGCAUUCUCCUGCAGAAUUCAGGCUUUUUCACUUCCCUUCUCACACAGAUGGCUGCAGAAUUCAACCAGGAGGCAGACCAGCUCUUAGGAAACAUGAUUGAAAUGUGGGUAGACCGCAUGGACAACAUCACCCAGCCCGAGAGGAGGAAGCUUUCUGCUCUGGCUCUCCUGUCACUUUUACCGUCUGAAAACGGCGUGAUCCAGGACAAGUUCUGCGGGAUUGUUAACAUCAGCGUGGAGGCACUGCACGAUGUUAUGACAGAAGACCCUGAGACCAGCACCUUUAAAGAUUGCAUGCUGAUGAGUCACUUUGAAGAGCCGAAGCUGACGGACGAUGAAGAGCCUCCGACGGAACAGGACAAGAGGAAAAGGCUGCUGGCCCUUGAGGACCCCGUUCACAGCGUCUCCCUUCAGCAGUUUGUCUAUGAGAAGCUCAAAGCUCAGCAGAUGCUGAUGGGAGAUCAGGGCUUCCAGGCGCUCAUGGAAACGGUGGACACGGAGAUCGUGCGACAGCUCCAGGAGUUUCUCCAGGGCAUGUGAGGAGACCACAGCGGACUAUUAACAGACCAGAGACGCCAACCCUCUGAUCCAGAAAACAGCUUCCAUAUUUUUAAACACUUUGUUUUGCUUUCUCAAACACACCUAUUCACAGUUUGAGAUGAUGCAGAGACUGACAGAAAAAAACAGACUGUAAAUGUAAGAAAGAAGAAAGGAAGGAGCUGUUCUGAUGCCAAGGUUUUGUAAUGAGAAAUAAGCUCUAAAACUGAAUUUUAAAAGCGGUGAAGGGUGCAGGCAGUGUUUACACUAAGCCUUCAUAUAAAAGAAGUCAUUUAUGUACACCGCAUGACCGCAUUCUCACUUCCCCCCACUUGUGGCUUGUCCGCAUUUUGCUUUAAGAUCAGUAUAUCGGAACUAUGUGAACGUGUUUGUUUUUUUGUGAGUGGAAGAUAUUUUCGUAUCGUGAUCCACACAGUUAAAUGGAUGUAUAACUGUAUGUUUACCCAUGAUAACUGUUGCUGCUAAUGCUCCUACACUGCACCUCUCUUGUGAGGUCAUAAGGAAGCCAUAAAAACCAAAAACAUCAGUUUAAUGAAACAAAUCUAUAUUAUCACAUACAGUGCAAACGUUUGAGUGAUGAUUCUUAGUUUAGUAGCUUUUUUUAUGCAAAAAAUAAGUGCAGAUAUGUUUACGAAGGCGAUUUUGGUUUGUGGGUUUGGAAGCGCAGUCAUACAGUAGAGCAACUUUUACUGUGACUGAAUUUUCAGAGUCAGAAGUAAAAGCCUUAUGCUUACAGUAAGCCUUACAGUAAUUCACCUGCUAAUGUGUCAUAUCUGUAAUAACAUGCUCAAAGACAUUACGGCACAUUUCACUCGGUAGGUUUAUUUUCAUGUAUGAACCCUAUUUUUUCAUUGAUGCCGCUUCAAUAAAGUUCAGUCCAGACUGACAAGCGUC